CCCCCCCCCCUGCCCCUCCGCCCCUUUGCACGGCGGGAAAUGCCACCACACGACCGGCCACGCCCCUUUCUGGUGGAGGCCACUGGGCCGAUGCUGGCUGCCUCGGCCCCGGCGUCCCUGAUGCUGGGUGCCAUCCGGCGCCAGGACAUCUCGGAUGGCGUCCCUCCGGGACAGUGGGGCGAUCCGCUAUCUGUCGCCGAAUUGCAGGCCCCCCGAGUAAGCCUCUCCGGGGAGGAGACCGCGGAGUUUGCGCGCCUUUGCGAGCAAAUCGCCACCCUGCCGCCGGGCGACGAUGGCAGCCCAUACGAUCCGGACGGCUGGGACCGGGCCGCGGUGGCCCGGGCGCUUGGCCGGCGCGAUGGCCCCGCGGCGCCGGCAGGCUCCUCCCCCUCCCUGCCACCGGCCCCCGAAGCGCGCCGGCGUGCCCACCCCCACCACCAGCCCGCACCGGGGCGGGGGAUCACCCUGCCCCCGCCGACGUCCGGGGCAGCCGCGGCCCCGGGCUCUCACCCCUACCAUCAGCAGCAGCAGCAGCCGCCUCGGCGCCAUUACCACCACCCGGAUGCACAUGGGCAGCGGCCGCCAGACCGGAUGCGCUGA